AUGGUGCCUAUGUCGACUUCUACUACCUCUCCUCCAACGCCACAGUCAGCUAACACCGUUGGCAUCUCGCAAACUCUUCUAACCGAGGCACGGGAGUAUCUCCCCGACGUUGACCAUGCCGUCUUCAAGCACUUCCACAUCAUCAAGAGGGUCCAGGGAAAAGUUCAGCAGUACGAGUGCAAGUUCUGCAACAACGUCUUCACUGGUGCUUCCAUCCGAUGCGUGCAACACUUCACGUCGUGGAAGGGGAUGAAACGCCGUGAAGUGGCGCUUUGCAAGGAUGCGCCGCAAGAUGUGCGUCUGGCUAUGCGCGCGAAGUACGAGGCAGCGGCUGCCGCGGCCGAAGAAAAGAGGCGGGCUGCAGCUGAAGCGGUUGCCGCGGCGAAGGCUAACGGUGGGAAGGGGGCGCGCAUCACCGAUUACCUGGAGGGGGAUGCGGCUGCUAGAAAGGGAGAAGCCGACGAGUCACUUGCGCUUGCAUGGGCCGCCCUCCAUAUCCCCGAGCGCAACAUUGACCAUCCUCUGAUGGUCAAUGCAUUGAACCUCGUCUCGCGCGCCGGCGUCGACUACGUCCCUCCGAAGAGGAAAUACGUCGGCGGUGCUGGCCUAGUCGCGUGUCGCAACGGAAUCGAGCAGGGUUUGGUGGGCAUUAAGGCGAUUUGGAAGAGGACGGGCGUGACGGUUUCGUCCGACAUGAUGACGGACCGCAACGGCAGAUCGCAGGCCAAUGUGUUUCUCGUGAAUGAUUCCGGCGCCAUCUUCACCGACUGUGUUGACUGCAACAUGGAGAAGAAAACAGGAGGUUACGUGGCGGGGAUUCUUAGGCCCGUGGUGGAGGAAGUGGGUCCAGAGAACGUUGUUGCAUUCUGCAUGGACGGGGGUUCGAACUAUGCGGUGGCGGUGAAUCAACUUAUACGGGAGUGGCUGCACAUUCAGGAUGUGACGUGCGCCACUCACGUAUUGGAUCUUCUCAUGGAAGAUGUGGGGAAGAUGGGAUGGGCUAAGCCGGCUGUCGACAAGGGAGGGGAGAUAUUAAGCUUCGUCCGCAACCACCAUUGGACCCAAGGGUACCUGCGGACGCCGGUAUUGGUGGAGGGGACGGUUCUGCAGGCGCUGAAGCCGGCUGGAACCCGAUUUGGGACCAAUUACAUAGCCAUAUCCCGCCUUAAUGCGAUGCGCGGCAGCCUUCUCAGCAUGGUGCUGAGCGACAUGUGGGAGGAGUGGGCGGCAGGGGAGCGGAAGAAAUCAUGCGACCAAUUUAGCGCGCUGAUCCUUGAUGCCGUUUGGUGGAAAACGACCGAAAUCUUCACUACCCUGUUCAAGCUGCCCUACAAGGCGAUGAGGCAGACAGACGAGCAUGCUGUGAGGAUGAUGGGGAAAAUGUACGACGUGAUGCUCCAGUUGACAGAGGACAUGGGGGACUUGCUCGACGAGGACGAGGAGCAGUUGAGCAGCGGCGACAAGGCCCAAAUCCGCCGCAUCCUCAAAAACCCCGUGGCACAGAGGAAGAUGGUGAAAGAGGGAAAGUACAGCAUGGUGAAAUGGUGGCAGUGGAAUGGGAUUGAUGCCCCCGUGCUGGCGGGGUUCGCGGAUUCCGUCCACACCGCACGCCGAAAUAGGCUCGGAUCCGCCAAGCGCAAGGACUUGGUCUUUGUUGCGCACAACUGGAAUGUUGUGCGCAGCUGGCACACGCGCGCCGAUGUCUUGCCACAUGUGGUGCCCGGGAUUGGAGCCAAUGGGCUGGAAGUCGAGACAAAGGGAGAGGAUGAGGAGGAAGGCGAAGACGACAUCCUCGAAGACGAGUACGAUAACUAG